AUGAACGGUUCUCGAAACAAACCGUCACAGGCGGCCGCCGGCAAGGAGCAGAAGGACGCAGACAAAGCGAUGGAGAGCAGCAACCGGGACAGAAAGACCGGCGGAGGAAUGCUAAGGAAGCUGAAGUCGAGGCGCAGCCAUACGGAUAAGUGGCCUUCGGUCACAGAGGAUGAGCUCCGGGCUUUGGGAACGGAUAUUUCCCCGGACCAUGUUCUGGGUCUGCGGGUUGUCACGGAAGACUAUCUUUGCAGACCUGAGGAUAAUAUCUACAACAUCGACUUCACACGGUUCAAAAUUCGAGACCUUGAGACCGGGACGGUUCUUUUUGAGAUAGCCAAACCUCCGAGCAGUGGUCCUGUGGAGAAAGAAGAGGAGAGUGUGGAUGUAGACUCCAGCGCAGGGCGUUUCGUCAGAUACCAGUUCACGCCUGCCUUCCUGAAACUGCGCACUGUUGGGGCGACUGUUGAGUUUACAGUGGGUGACCGGCCCAUUAACAGCUUCCGGAUGAUUGAGAGGCAUUACUUCCAGGGACGGCUUCUGAAGAACUUCGACUUUGACUUUGGCUUCUGUAUACCCAACAGCCGCAACACAUGCGAACACAUUUAUGAGUUUCCACAGCUUCCUGAAGGCCUGAUUCGCCAAAUGGUGGAGCAUCCAUAUGAGACCAAAUCAGACAGUUUCUAUUUUGUGGACAACAAAUUGAUCAUGCACAACAAGGCAGACUAUGCCUACAACGGUGGACUUUAAAAUAUGACAGAAGAAGGGGUCCAGGAUCUCCUAGUGGGAAAAUGUCCUAGAUUGUACCCUUUUAAAAGAGGGUGAGGAAGUUUAUUUGGUUUUUUUUUUUGGUGGACAUUUUUAGAAAGCUGACAUCUUUUAUGAAAAACACACCACCUCUACGAUGAAAACAUGGAUCCAUUUAAACGUACCUCAGCUUAGCUCAGCUUUAUGAACUCAUGUGUUCAUGAUUUCUGUAUAUCUGACUGAAGUGUUUCUUCUGCUGCCUGUUUUGGUUCGUCAGACAGGUGUCACGUUUCUGCUUGAACAGUUCAUGAGGUCUCUGCUGGAAGGGGACACUUCUGGUAACAGAAUGUUAUUUACUUAAACACUGGUGUUUAUUUAAAAUACCUGUUUCAAGUGACAAUUGGAUUUCCUGAAUGGAAAAGCAAGCUUGAUAUUUGUCCAACAUUUUUAUUCUACUGUUAGAUGAAGAGGUAGCAUGAGUUGCAUUGAUUUUGUUAGAUUGUAACCUUAAAUAUGUUGAGUUAUUUGAACUGAUUGGGUCUGAUGAGGGGCCCUUUCUCUCUGACUGAGUAGAUUACUUAGUUUUCCGUCCUUUAGUAGACAUUUAUUUUAUUUGGGAAAAGCACAAACUUCUCAUAAUGACAGAUGUCCUUCUCUGUCUUCUCUGUCUUCUCUGUCCUGUUAAACUAUGUUACCAAGUUUGCUUUUGUUUUGUUAAAAUCUGGAAGAAAUGAAGAUGGUGAGAUGGCAAAAGAUUAUGUUUCUGGUUUUCUCACAUACAUAUUUUUACACUGUCCACAUUGAUAACAGUUUAGUUUGCCCUGUUUAAAUUAGCUCUUUUGUCCUUCUACCUAUUUAGUUCCUUGAAAUUUAUAUUCCUGGCUUAUUAAAAAAACAUUGCAAACCUUUCCAUUAAAAACUCUUAUAAAACACCACACUAAUUAACUAUACUGAGAGAUUUAGCCUGGUAAGUCAUCUAUUUUUCAUCAAACACUAGAUGCAUCCAAGCCAUUCAUCAAUUUUCAGUUCCACACUUUUAGGGUACCAGAGAGCGGGUCGAGAGGCGGACAGGUCACCAGGCCGUCACAGACAAUAUUGAGACAAACAGCCAUGCACACAGGGACACCUGUGGCCAGUUGAACUAACAUGGAUGUUUUUGGACUAUGGUAGGAAGCGGGGGUACCCAGAGAGAACCAACACAUGUAUGGGAGAACGUAAAUACUCCAAUCAGAUAUUCAUGGACUGUCCAUGUGUGUUACACAUUCACAAUGCUUUCUACUCCCAGGCAGUGCAGUAGAUGCAGCUUAAAGGACAGUUUCCUAUUUAAGUUUUUACUCCUGGGCCCUCCACUGCCGACAACAGCAUUGUCAUUUCUCCUUGGUUUAUACUUUGAAAGAGGAAGCUUGUUUGAUUAUAUGGUUUCAUAUUGUGAUGCUGUGGAACGGUAUUCAAACUACUGGAAGGUGGCCUUUUUAAAGUAACAAAACUCCCUCAUGUGGAGCAGGAAUGUGCCUUAAAAACUGAUGUUACAGUUUUUUAAUCUUAUGUAAGAAACAUGUAAACAAUUCAGCAAGAAUAACAGAGGUUAACUUGACUCUCCUAUUUAAAUGUAUUUUCCACAAAGAGGUCUUUCACUGUUGCCUUGUUUUUCUAGUGUGUUACAAAUGGGAUUCAGUCACCAUAUCAUUUGGAUCAUUUCAUUCUCACGCUUUAUGUCUGCCUCUGUUGUUGCAUGUUGUAUUGAACAUGUCUUCAUAGCAGCACUGGUGGUGUUGCUGUGGAGGCCUGUCCUGCUGUUGUUAUCUAGUAUGUGUGUUGUUGUUUUGCUCAAAUGCCUUGAGAAGUGCAUAAACAGUCUCUGGCUGUAUUUCUGUAAGCCGUUGCAUAAUAUUCACUUUUUUAUACCUGAUUAGGAUUGUAAUAAAUAAAAAGGACUGAUUGUAAGAAACAUUCACGUCAACAUCC